UAUUGUUUGAAAGUUUAUUUUUUGUUUAGCAGACUAUUUUUCCAUAUUUUCGGGAUUACGUGCUAUUCUAUAAGACUCAAAUGAAUCGCCUCUUCGUUACCGCCAGCAUUUUGCAGCGUUCAAUUCUACCAUCAGUGGCCCUGGGUCGUACAAGGUUCUUUGCCUCCCAGAACCCGAAACCUCCGGGAGCUGAUGCGAACACCAUUUUCGACAAAAUCAUUCAAAAACAAAUACCGGCCGACAUAAUCUACGAAGAUGACAAGUGCCUUGCGUUCAACGAUGUGUCCCCACAGGGACCGGUUCAUUUUCUAGUUAUCCCCAAACGAUGUAUUCCCAAGCUGACGGAUGGAACCGAGGCAGACGUGGAAACGUUUGGACACCUGAUGCAUGUUGCCGGUCAAUUGGGGAAAGAUAGAGCGCCACAGGGAUUCCGACUGGUUGUCAACAACGGGGAACAUGGCUGUCAAUCUGUGUUUCACCUACAUCUUCAUGUUAUUGGCGGACGCCAGCUCGGUUGGCCACCAGGAUAAGAAUGUUUUUGAAACAACCAAUUACGUAACUGCUAGUUCCAAGAAAUAAAAAAAAAGUUACUCGCCAGUUCUAUUUAAUUUGUACCCAAAUCUGUUAAAUACAAUAUCUUCAAAACUUU